AAUUACACGGCACACGAUUAUUAAUAUAAAUAAUAUAUUAGUGCAAAGGGUUGUCUAUGAAGCGGAGAUAAGGAACCGCGGUGUGACCCGGCCUGACAACGCGCGUAUAAAAUCGACGAUAGCGAGGCGGACGGCCGGCAGUGUCGCGGGAGCCGCGCGCGAGAGAGGACGUCCUCGUUAGUGUUCUACGUCGACGCAGCAGCGUGGAAAAAGCAGCGUGGAAACGCAAAAACCGACCGAUGCUCCCCACCACGCCGUGUUUUCAUCUCGUCAACCGCGUUUACGCAACGUCUCUCUCUCUCUCUCUCUCUCUAUCUCUCUCUGUGUUCGUGUUUAUCUUUUAUCUAUCGCAGUAAUUCAUCAGAAGCCUGGCUCCGUGUGCGCUGAACGAAUCUAUUAAGCGCAAAUCUCGAAAGGAAAUCAUGCGGCACAAUGGACGAUCGAUUGUACACCGUGCAGUGACAACGAGAGAUAAUUAAUUCGAGAAGUUUCGUUUCGUUUCGAUGCGGGAUCACGGUGUACUUGGUUGUGGUCUGGCCGGGAGAGGCGUAUUGUUUACGAAACAGUGACCGGACGAGAAAUUGCGAAGUUUGGAUAUUUGGGAGAAGACGUGCGAAUUCCUCGCGAGGAGAAAUUAUUAUUCGCGUCGAGUUUUUGGAAUAAUCGGCGUGAAAAGGCGUGAAUUUUGAGAAAAGUUGAAGAGUUCUCACGAGAGGGGGGAAUCCGCGAGAUGCAGCGACGAACGAGCGACGCGGAUACGAGCGGAAAGCCUUGAGGGAUUUGCGGAAGGAGGACGAGGAACGGGCUAGGAAGAGGGAAUCGUGGGAGAGAAGAGUAGGGAGAGGAAUCGGAGUCGCGAACAAGAGGCAACAGAGAGGCGAGAAAACACUCGAGGAAUGCCGUGGAUAAAGUGUUUGGGCGGCGGAGGCGGAAAGGCCAGAAGAGGCAAACCACUCAGCGUCAGCCAGCCAAUCCACCUGCUCGUCAAGACCGAGUUCGAGCCACAAUGUCACGUGUUCCGGACGAAGCAGUUGCGCAAGCCGCGUCCGUGCCAUUUGUGCCAUCAGGCGGUGAUCAAACAGGCAUCGUGCUGCAGAGUGUGCAAGUACAUCUGCCACAAAACCUGCGAGGACAAGGGUGCUAGAUUCCGGGAUACCUCGCAGCAAAUCCAUAAGCAAUGGCAGGCGGAUCCGGCACGAGCGUUUCCAACAAUUGGCACCGUCACCACAGGCUCGAUCUCGCCGACGUCGGGCGAAAUUUCAACCCCGAAUUCGACGCCCAGCCCAAGCCCUAGCCCCACCAACAGUCAACAAGUCGCGCAUAAUGGAGGUUACGAGGCGCAACCGAAGAAUGUUAACACCAUCUCGAGGAGCAAGCAGCAGCAGCAACAACAGGUAGGAAAUUAG